CCAGAACUAGUUCUCAACUUUUCGAUUCUACAUGUGCUGAGCAAAAUGUCUUCAGCUGAUAACUGUUUCACUAAGUGGAUUCUCCUCAUGAUUCAUUUGGUUGUAAUAUAUUGUGAAGACCAAGUUUUCCAAACUCCAGCUGUUCUCCGAGCAUUCAAGGGAGAAAGUGUUAACAUCACUUUUUCCAACUGGUACAUUCAUAAGAAGGCUGAAAGGAUGCAUGUUUCCUGGUGGAGGAGUAAACAAGUCGAAAAUCCAAUAUGUAGUAUAACUUAUAUAAAUAAGAUGCUGAUACAGAAUCCUCUCUGUGAUAAUCGAAUGAGCAUCAUUUUGAAGCUCAAUGCUAGUGUUACUCACUUUAUCAUCCAAGAUCUCCAAGUGGAUGAUUCAGAUCUAUAUUAUUGUAAGAUUGCAUUUCAUAUACCACCGCCUACUAUAGAAAUAGAAGGAAACAAAACAAGCCUCAUAGUAGCAGUUCCUCCAGUGGUUGAAGUUACAUUUCUUCCUCAGCCUGAAAAUUGCUGUUGUGUACAACUGGUUUGUAAAGCAGAGAACCUCUAUCCUGGUGAUGUACAAUUGAGGUGGAGAAGACAACGAAAAGAAGGCUCAGUAUGGAUUGACUCUGGACCUAUUAUUACCUCAAACAAUAGCAAUUCUGCAACAAGUUAUGUCAACCUCUCCCAUUGGAUGGCAGGGGAUGUAUAUUCAUGUCAUGUGAAUCAGUCGAUGUUGCAAAUCCCUCUCAUUAGGAAACUCACCAUACCGUUUGACGAACAACAGGAAGGUAGAGAGUAUUUAUGGUGGGUGUUGUCUUCUCUGGGUCCAAUUCUCAUAACUGCAGUUGUCUAUUUUCUAUUAAAGCGUUCAAAAAAGGCAGAACCUGAAGACAAUCAGAUCUAUGUUAAUGUUGGCACUACAUCAAGAACUCAAGAGACUCCCGUAUCAAGUCAGGAUUUUAAUCGAAAUUCAAAUUAUAGCUUUAUUCAUCACUUUCCUUUGAGAAUAUAUGAAAAUACAUUUUAAUAAAAUGAAAUGGUGGCAAUGUUAUGAAAGGGAAGCAGUCAUUUCAUAAUUUGAUAUUGUUGU